GCCCAGUUCAAUCAGUUCUUAUCAGAUCUUGGCCCGUGAACGUGUGUUCAUCCGAGUUUUGCUCAAAAACUGCAAACCAUCAGUCAUGGAGAUGCCGAAAUCUUCCAAAAGUCCGCUGUUGGAACUCGCCGGUGAAUCACUGCUGGAAAGGCUUAAAGAAUUUAAGGAUAACAAGAAAAAGUCACGUGACUCGUGCGAUCAAAAGUUGCUGGAUGAAGUUACAAGCGGGGAGCUGAUCAGUGUAAAAUCGAAAGAGUCCGAGGACAAGAAUCCCGGACGAGAGCUGAUUCGCUACCAUUCGGUAGUGGAUUUGGACGACGACUUGGGGGAUGAUUUCAGUAGCUGUGCGGAUUCGGUUGAUUUGAAGGGACCUGCCGGAACAGGAACGUUGCAACAGGUUGGAUUGCAAAAUAAGCCUAAUACUAAAUCAUCAUCCUCAAAAGUAGAUUCAUCUUCAACUGCUUGUACAAAUCAAAGCACGGCAAACCAGGAGCUAUCCAACUUUGUCCAGAAGAAAUCAAUCGCACAGGGCAUGAUGGAUCUGGCCCUGGUGUCGGCCAACACCAAUCAGCUGCGCUACGUCAUGGACAUCGGUGACAAGCAUCCGUAUUACUACACCAGCAUUGGGCUGAUCCUCACCAGCCUGGUGAUGCAGCUAAUCGUGGGCCUUGCACUGCUCUACAACAGCAGAUUCAACAUUCGAAAACGGCAAGAGAUGCAGUCAGCCGAUCGGAUCAACGAUUUCUCCGUGAUCGGGGUGUUUCUGAUCACGCUCAUCAACGUGUUCAUCUCGACGUUCAACGGGUCAAACUCGGGGCCAUACGCCGGCGAGGUGAUCCCAAUGUCGUCCGAUGUCACCAGCCCGUUGCCGCCGCCGCCGACGACGGAUGUAGGAAGUAUUCUCAACGCAACCUUUGUCGGGGGUAGCUAAUCGUUCUGGUGAAGACUUCCGCGAAGCCAAGCUUGUUUGUGGGGUAGUGAAUUGUAUGCAAAGUUUGCGGGUGUUUGCGGAAAAGAGCAAUUCUCUAGGAAAUAAGAAUUAAUGUUUAAUAACUUUUUUGUACAUUCAAAAUGCAUCAACAUAAAUUAAACUAGUCGUCAAAAUCGAAGAUAGAAAAAAAUAACAAAAAAAU